AUGGCUUUACCUCCUCGUUUUCCUGGUAUGAUACCUGCUUAUCCUGCUGUUCCGAUACCACCAAUGGCCCCGAUCAUGCCUUUUGCGAAUCCUUAUUUCGUACCAAAUCCGCUAAUGGCAGCAGCAGCCGUCAACUCUCAGAGAAUGGCUGCUCCUCCAGUACCUCAACCCAAGCCGCCUGAGAAGCCUCCUGUAACAACAGUUUUUGUCGGUAACAUCAAUGAAAAAUGCAACAAUGAACUAAUACGAUCUUUAUUGAAUGAGUGUGGCCCUGUAGCCACGUGGAAGCGCAUUCAGGGGUCCAAUGGUAAAUUUCAAGCGUUUGGAUUUUGUGAAUUUGACAACCCUUAUGGCACGAUGCGGGCUUUGAGGGUUCUGCAUGACUUUCCUUUGGGGGACAAGAAGCUUGUAGUAAAAAUUGAUGACAAAACUCGUGCUAUGGUAAAAGAUUAUAUUGCUAAGAAACGUGCAGAGAAAGGUUUGCCUGCUGAAAAACUUGAGGUUGACGACCUUCCUGCUGACGAAGAUAACGCUGCUGAUGACGAAGAAGUUAGGCAGAAGAUCCAAAAAAUGAUCGAGACAGAGGCGCCUAAUCUUUUACCUAUAGAAGGUCGAGAUGGUGAGCUCUCGGAGAAAGGACGGUCGCCCGGCGGGGAAAAAUCAAAGGAUGAAGACAGAUAUAGUUCGUCACGCCGGCGUCAUAGGUCGCGUAGUAGGUCAACAAGUCGUGAUCGAAGGAGGUCUAGAAGACGAAGUCGUAGUGAUAGUGACAGAAGCACGAAGAGGCGCUUGUCGAGGAGUAGCAGUGUAUCAAGUCAUUCUAGUAGUUCAUCUUCUACAACUAGUACGUCGUCAGAUGAUUCUGACAGCGCUGGAAAUAAAGCAUUUAGAUCUAGGUCUCCCAGCAGAGACAGGGACUCUGAAGAUAGCGACGAACAAAGAUUUAGACGUGCUAUGAAAAAGCAGAUUCGUGAGAAGGAGGCUGCUUACGCUGCUCGUUUCCGUAAGUGGGAAGCUCGAGAGAGGAGGCAGGCGAAAUUGUAUGAAAAAAAUGAGCAAAGAGAAAAACAGAGAAAACGGGAUUUAUUGAAGGAAGCAAAAAAAUUGAAGCAUUUUUUGGAAGACUAUGAUGAUGAAAGAAUGGAUCAGAAGUACUAUAAGAGUUCUUCACUUUUCCAGAGGAGACGUGAUUUUGAAAGAGAACGUGAAGCAGAUGCAAAAGAUAGGCAGAAAGAGCAACAAGAGAUAGAAGAAUUGAAGAAGCAAAUUUUGGCUGAAAAUCAAGACAUAGAAAAUGCUGAAGAAGAGGCUAGACGACGACAUAGAGAACAAGAGGAGGCGCUUUUAAGAAAAAUGCGAGCAGACUCAGGUAGCCCCAACCCUCAUCUUAAAUUGGGUCAGAAACCCUUCCCGACUAAUACUGAACCAGAAGAAGAAGAAGAAGAGAGCGACGAGUCGGAGAGUGAGUCUGAAACUGAGCAAAGUGUGGAGGAUGCUGAACGAGAGACGAAAAACACUACGGAGAAGCAGAGCAGUUGGAAAGCUGUUACUUCAGAGGGCACUCCCGGGGCAAAUUCACCAUCUGUUGGCUUGGGUUCUCCUUCUGUGAGGUCAUCUUCUUUGGCAAGCCCGGCGAUAAUGCGCACUACGACAGAUUCUGCUUUGCAGUCAAUUCCCUCUUCAUCGAAAUUAAAUGGAGUCUUUGGUUUUGAUGAUAAUGAGGAGGAUGGUGUAUAUAAGCGGAAGAAAAUGCGACAUUUCGAAAUAACUGAGGAGGACAGGAUUCAAACUAUGACUCCUGAGGAAAGGAAACAGAUGAUCAAAGAAUUGAUAGAUCGGAUUCCGACUGCAAAAGAUGAUCUUUUUGCUUUUCCAAUUGACUGGAAAUACGUGGACAGUGCGCUGGUGGAACAAAGGGUCAAACCAUGGGUUACAAAAAAAAUUACUGAUUACAUUGGCGAGGAGGAGGCAUCGCUAGUUGAUUUCGUUUGUGAGCGAGUGACCGCAAAAACCGAACCGCAGAAAAUUUUGUCAGAUAUUGCUAUGGUUCUGGAUGACGAAGCGGAAGUGUUUGUUGUUAAAAUGUGGAGGCUUUUGAUAUACGAAAGUGAAGCCAGGAAACUUGGGCUUUCGAAGAAAUAA